CAGGUCCGGAUUGCCCUAGAUGAAGCUGGGGCGCAAUACAAAAUCCACGAAUUUGGCAAAGAGAAGGGCAACAAGCCUCACUGGUACUAUACGAUUAAUCCCCUCGGAAAGAUCCCCGCUAUCACCUACGGCGGGCCCGAUGUCCCAUCGGACCAACCCUCACCUGAGUCCGAGAAGCUCACCGAGUCCCUCGCACUACUCGAGUUCCUCGCGGACAUCUACCCCGAGUCGGACCUCUUGCCCGCGGACCCCGUGCUCCGCGCUAAGGCCCGCCGAGUGAUCGCGUAUUACGAGAACUACGUCCACCAUGCCUUCAGAGCCGCAUUCUUCCUGGCCCAUCCUUGUGAGUCCGUGCUGCAAGCUGUGGACAAAUUCCAGGCGGUCCUCCACCCGACGGGGUUCGCCAUCGGGCAGUUCUCAAUUGCAGACUGCGCUGUCGGGCCCUGGCUUGCCCGCCUGAUGCUGUUCCUGCGCAAGAACCUGGGCGCGUACAGCCAGGAGGAGGGCGACAAGCUUCGGGCGGCGCUUGCGGGGGAAAAGUAUGCGCGGUUCAACAGGUAUGUCCAAGAUGUGACGGAGCGGCCCAGUUUCCAAAACUCCUGGGAAGAGGUUAGUGCUAUAACUCCGUAUACGGCGGUUGCGGUCGUUGACAUUUCGUGCCGAUAG